UUUCAUUUUUAACAUUUCAAUUUGAGUUUCUUUUGAACCAGGAGUAGUAUUUUACAUUGAUAGGUAAUGUAUUUUAAUAUGGUCAUAGAUGAAAUGAGUCCAUCAUGAGAUGAUCUACAUGCUUUCACUGCACUGCAUUGGCUUCACUGCAAUUCUCUUGCUGCCGAACCUACUUCUUGAGGAUUUAACGCUAUUCAAACUGAAUGGACCUGAUUUCAUACAGAUUCAUAAAAUCUGAGGCUUUGUUCUGGAGUUUUAUUGAGCGCUGUUGGAGUGAAAGUGUUUAGUCUGGUGGGCUUGUUGCUUCCUGUUUUUGUAUUAUUGUGGUUGCAGCUAAAAAUAUGAGUACGUGAGAUGCAGAGACUGUAGCGUUUCCCUUUCUCAUUCUCUGCCUAUUUUUUGUCGUUCUCAUUGUAAAUAAGGCAUAAAACCGCUUUAAAUAGUAAAAUUUAUAUCAGCUCAUGUUAGUUUAAUGAGUCUAAAGUUUGCUAAGACUCCGCUAGCUAGCAGACUAGCACGCUAUGCUAGCUGACCACCAGAUCUCUUUACACGAUGUAAACAUACAAGAAUACAGUCUGCAUUUUUCUUUUCUUUUAUUUCUUUUUGGACUUUAAUCCAUUGGAAACCACUCCAGGACCAAGUCUGGAGAGCAAAAAGCUUAUCAGCCUCUGUCAGGAUAUUUGCCGGAAUAUGCCGUGACGUGUCGGUCAGUCUGUGAGCGCGAACAGGAUCCCGUUAGGUAACGUUUCCCCCACGUCUGUGAAUAGAGAAGGACAUGGACAGCUCAGUCACCCUGUGGCAGUUCCUGCUGCAGCUUCUGUUGGAUCCCAGCAAUGACCAGCUCAUCUGCUGGACCAAUGAGGAUGGAGAGUUCAAACUGCUGCAGGCAGAGGAGGUGGCCAGAUUAUGGGGUGCCCGCAAGAACAAACCCAGCAUGAACUACGACAAACUCAGCCGUGCUCUGCGUUACUACUACGACAAGAAUAUCAUCAAAAAAGUAAACGGCCAGAAGUUUGUGUAUCGUUUUGUAUCGUACCCUGACAUCCUAAAGGGAGAUGUCAUGGCCAGAAUGGAGGGUGCAGACGGCGGCUCAAAUGGACCUCUGCCCCUCUCCGACAAACCUGCAAACAUCUCCAGGGAUAAAGACAGCAAAGCCGCCCCAGACCGAGGUGCAGGAACACUGGGUCAGUCCAAAUCGUCCGGUCGGAAUGACUAUAUCCAUUCUGGCUUGUAUACAUCCUUCACUUUGACCUCUCUGCAGUCGGGAACGCAACUUUUUAAAUCCAUGAAGAUUGAAAAUCCAGGAGAAAAGUUAAUGGAGAAAAAGGCAUCCCAGGAGUCGCCCCAGCCACCCACCGUCAUUAAAUUUGGGACCAUGCCACAGAGCAGACACACCACUCUGUCUGUUAUAGGGAAGCCUGACCGUCCGGAAAAAACCGCCCAAGCCCCACUGCCCACUCCGGCAGAACCUGAGGCCAAACAGGCCGCCGUCUCGCAUAUAGUGUGUGCGUUUGUGGAGAAUCCCACCUCAGAGAACGCCAUGACGGGCUUCCCGCUCUCAAGAAUCUGUUCAUCGCCACUCACGCGUUCCCAGUCGCCCUCCUCUUCUCCGAUGACGGAUUCCCAGGAGCUGGUGAUUGACAGUGAAAUUGAAUCCCUCUCCUCACAGCCUUCAGAGUUACAGCUGCAGGACCAGCCCACCUCUGUUUCCAAGGACAUUGUACCAGUGUCUGAGAUGUCUGAAUCUCCACUGCGCAAUCUCAGCGGAAAGUCUAAGAAACCCAAAGGCCUGGAGUUGAUGCCCACGCUGGUGGUGACCAGCUCUGACCUCAGCCCUCUCAAUCUGUGCAGCCCAUCCCUCCCUAUGCCCUCUCUCACCCCAGCCUUACUGCAGACACCCCUGCUGCUCACACCCAGUCCACUUCUGUCCAAUAUCCAUUUCUGGAGCACACUCAGUCCGGUGGCACCCCUCAGUCCCGCUCGGAGACAGGGAGCGCAUACCCUCUUCCAGUUUCCUUCUGUCCUAAGUUCCACGCAGUUCUCUGUUCCCGUGUAUAACUUAGACGGCACCAACACGCCCGGCCCUCUCUCACCCGACCCACAGAAGACAUAAGAGGGGGACAAAGACCAGCACACUUCAUCUUUGCCUCGUGUUCUUGAUUGAUAAACACAGAUUAACCUCAUUCUGUUCACCUGAUCUGGCACCCUUCAGGUAACAAAGAUUUAUGACCGCCGUUUAAGCGUCAAGCGCAUCCGUUUGACUCUAGAACCUUUGUAAUGUCACUGAUACUUUAUCAGCGAUGUAUAUCAAGCCAUCACAUAGUGUCUGCAGGACACUGUAAAUCUUUCGUUUCUAUUUUUUAAUGCGCUAGUCUUCAGGGAUUGGCUCUAGUGUGACUAAAGCAGAUGGCUGUUGAUCUGCACAGCUGCCAAAAUGGGAUUUCAUCGUAAAACGGCCAUUGUUUGAUCGUUAGAUUGAAUUUCCUUGUGUUUUGUUUCUUGUGGAGCUCAAGACUUUGAUCAGACGCAGAAGAGAUUCUCACGUGAUGUCGGCACCGUGUGUUUGUACAGCAAGAUCCUUGUUCUGCUUUAGACAAAGAGGGAUCGUUUUGUACAUAAUCCAACAAGUUCACCUCGUCUCAACUCGUGUUUGCCUUUUGUUUGGGAAGUUCUCAAACAAACCUGCCUUGCCAAGCUAAACCGCCCCUUUGCCUUGUGAUUUUGAUAAUGGUGACCUCUGUUUUAUCUUGUACCUUUCCUCAUGCUGCACUUACUGCCAUAUAUUUAAAGUGUUCUGUAACCACAUAAACAGCACUUAGAUGAAAACAAGCUGCACUUACUAGGGCUUUUGCUCCUAUUCGUGUUUACUAGCCAUCCUGAAAAGUAGUGAACUUAGUUGGCUUAUUUUACUAAAUUAAUGUGUCCCAGGGAUGCAGUUUGUGUACAGUUUGUGUGUCUACAUCUACAAUUCAGUGGGUCACCCGGUAAAGCUAGCUGGUGCAACCCUCAAACACUUUCCUGACAGCAUUUUAUUAUUCGAGAGCCACAUGAACACAGUCACUUUAUGUAAUGAAUACAAUCAGAAUCGGCAGAAGUCAAGUUUAUUUGGGAUAAUUCACCAAGUCAUUCCAAGCCUCUAUGUCUUUGUUUUUUAUGAGGAACACAAUCUUUUGGAGAACAAAGUCAACAACAUUGGACCCCAUUGACCUUGAUUCUGAGACGUAUGAUACAAAUAUCAUCUUAUGUGUUCCACAGAAGAAAUAAAGUCAUGGAGGUUUGCAACAAAAUGACAUUUCAUUCAUUUUUGGGUGAACUAUCUCUUUAUGAAUACUGAGGCUAACACUCAGGACGUUCUUGAUGUAACCCUCAUCACUGGAAAACACAUUUUAAAGUGACAUCUUAUAACGUUAACCCCAUCUUUUCUGAGUAGGCCAGAUUGGCGUCGCCCACGCUGCAAUGCUUGAUGGUGGCUGUCUAAUGAAGCGUGUUUCCAAACACGCCCCAAUGCCAUUGAACCAUUACCGUAACACCACCAGAUAUGCCACUGUGGCCAUGCUUAUCAUGCAGAUCUUUUCAUAUAAACCAUUUCCUCCUCUCUGAAAGACUGGAAGCCAUUAGGAAUGAUUUCAGUUGAGUGGGAAAACCCAAGGACUUGCUUUACUCCAUUAGACUGCCCAUUCACCAUUAAUCUAAUGGAGCGUACACGGCAUAAAAUGGAAUGGAACGGCACCGGCUCAGUGCUUAAAGCCUCAUCCCACCUUUAGGAUGGUUGGAUUGCUGGAGAUCGGUUGGAUGUGUACCGUAACUGGAUGGCUGUCUGUAGAGCCCAGGCCAAAUGCUCAAAACCAUUCCUGCAAUUGUCAGCUUUCCCGGUGUUGUGCAAGAUUCAAUCCCCCUGCAGAAUGCAAUCUACCUUGGACAACAAGGCAAAGCUGUUUGUAAUGCCCAGUCAGAAGUGUCUGUCCUUAUUGUAGCUGGUUAGCAUGGUCCAGUUAACCCCUGCUGGUGGAUUAGACCAUAGAGUUGUUUUUUCCAUUGGUCAGUCAGAACUGCCAUGUGUUUUUGAAGGCAACAAAUAUAUUUGAGUUUGCAUUAUAGUAAAUGCAUGUUAUAGUUACACUAUUUUUAUAAGUGUAUAGUUUUUUUAAGGAAUUAAUACUUUCAUCAAGGAGAAUGCAAUAAAUUGAUCAAAAGGGUCAGUAAAGGUACUUAUAAUUUAAUUUCUAUUUCAAAUAAAUCUGUUCUUUUGAAUGUUCUAGUUGUCAAAGAAUCUUAAAAAUUCUUAACUCUUAAUCUUAAAAUCGUCACUUUCCAAAUUGGAGUCCAUAAACUUUUGCACAAUAGUGUUUGUCAUGUGUAAUGUAUAGUUUAAAAGAUUCAUUGAUUUAUUUACCACUAAAUGUAAAGUAGUGUUUCUGAUCAGGCAUUGUAUAGAAUACCCAAAACAAGUCCAGUGGCGUUUGUAUUCUGAAAGAGAACUGAAUAUUGCACAACUCCAGUAAAGAUCGCUAAACAUCUGAACCAACUACUGCAGCUACUCUUUGCAGUCCUCAUUUGAUGUCAAUGCAGUAUCGGUGUGUUGUUUUUGUAGAGUGUUUGCCAGUUUUACAUCUCCACACUUAUAAACCAGUAUAGGAAAUGAAUGCCCAUAUGUUGCACAAUAUAAAAUCCUACCUCUAAGAGUCUUAAACUCAACAAGCCAUGAUUUAUAACUGACAUGCAUUGGAUGAAAAGCUGGAACAAAGCUUAAAUGCUGACAUUCAAAUUGCAGAAACCGAGCUCUGCUAGUCCCUCCCUAUAGGACCACUUAAAGUGCAAUGAUAAAAAUACAAAGGGAUGUGUGUGUGUGUGUGUGUGUGUGUGUGUGUGUGUGUAUAUAUAUAUAUAUAUAUAUAUAUAUAUAUAUAUAUAUAUAUAUAUAUAUAUAUAUAUAUAUAUAUAUAUAUAUACAUAUAUAUACACAUAUAUAUACACAUAUACAGGAACCGUUCAGCAUCUCAAAUUAAGCUCUCAGGUAUUGUAUGAUUACCCACCGUUCACAAAGCUCCGUGUUCAUACCUAACAUGCAUAACAAACUGAUUGGAGUAAAAUAAACUGUAUAUUCACACUCAUGCUAACGUGGUGCCUUCUAGUCCUGUUGUAUGUUGCCAGUAAAAUUAAAAUAGGCAACAGUUUUGCUAAAUGUUUCUAAAGGCUAUGUUUUGCCCUUUGCCGGCGAAAACGGCUACUAACUAAAACUUCAACUAUUUUUAGGAUUGUUCUGCGUUAAAAUAUGACUUUUGACAGCAUUUGUGAGCACAGAAAAUAAUUUUGCCUCAACUAUUUGUCCUAAAACCCAAAUUGUUGUAAGUGUUAUUAAAUACAAGCUUAAGUUGUAUUUAACCCAGCAUAUUCCAUUAACAUAUCAUGAACAUAUAUAAUAAAAGAGCUAGAAUCUAUAUUCAGAUCAAGUGGAAAAUGGAUCAUAUGAAAUAUUGAUGGUUUACUCAUACUUUCUAGUACUGUCGGGUUAAUAUUUUCAGCAUGUAUGCAUAAAUCAAGCAUAGGGACAUUUUAUUCUAUUUAAUAGCUGCCCUUGUAGUACAAGAGUGCAAACAGCUAACAUUUAUGUCGUUUUUUUGGUCCUUCUCAUUUUUACUGUUGUUCCAAACCUGCAUGACAAAAAUGAGAUGUUUUGCAGAAUGUCCUGCCCAUACAAAAAAAACAAACAAUUAAUUUAUAUGUAUGAUUUGUGCUCAAUAAUCUUUUUCUGAAGCCAUACAGUUGUUACGUGCAAAGAACAUACUGAAAUUUCAGACUAUUUCAUAUAACAUGAUAAAUUAGUGUUGCUUUUGUGAUCUUUUUGGACCUAUAAAUCUUCUACUUUCUACUACAGCACCUCGGACAUUCUGCAAAAUACCUUCUUUUGUGUUCCACGGAAGAAAGAAAUUCAUAUAAGGUGGAUUUUAAAAUAUUCCUUAUUUCAUUGUACAUACAGUAAGAUGUGAUGGGGUGCCUGUAGCAUUGUGCUGUUGUUUUGUAGUAUUUUCACUUGGACCUGUUUUCCUGAGGUCCUGUAUUGCGAAGCGUCUUCAUUUGCAUUCCUGCAGAAUUCAGGCUGUGUUUGAUUGCUCUUGCCUGUAUUGUGAGCACUGCACAUGCAAUUGCCUUCUCAUAGAGGGAUAUUGAGUUGCUUAAUGCCUUUUACAUUUUGAAUAAUGGAUUUUGUGCAGUGUGCAAUGUGACUUGUUUUUUAACCUGUUUCCAUUAUUUUUGUUAAAUGCUCUCUUACCCACUUGGAUGUUUUUUUUGUUUGUUUGUUGUUUGGGGGGGAGGGGGGAGGAAUGCAGCUUAGUUUGGCUGCAUUUAUUUUUACUUCAUUAAAUAGUCAUUUGUUUUGUUUCUAUGAAAAUUCUAAUUUCUCCCUGUAUUGGAUAAAAUGGGUUUGUUAUACAUGUUUAGCUGUUAAGCAAUGAUGUCUUGUUUUGUUUGUUUGAGUUUGGUUUUCUCCCAAGAACAUUUAGUUAUUGUAGCCAUACUGAACAUCUGUUGAAUUUUAAUGUGAGUCUAAAGCACUUAAAAUAGUCUCUUUUUCCCUCUCUCCUCAUUUUUUUUUCUCUUUACUGGCACUUUGUAUUUUUUUAGAAUCUGUUGUAAAGCUAAUCUCAUUUUACUAGUGGCUCCACCACCCCAAACACUCAAAUUUUGGUUUUGAAUCAACAUUUGUAAACUAUGCAUUUAAACUUUUUGCUGCACAAGAGAUUUUGUAAGUAAUUUUAAGACUUUCCGGCUUAAAUAAAAUGUAUUUUAUGAUUGCUUUAUUGAUUACUAUAAGAAUAUUUGAUCUUUUAAAGAGAUUCUUACUCCAAAAAAGUCAAAAAGCUCUAUUUUAGAAAAAAUGGCACUUUUUACGAAUAGGGUAUAAACUGGCGUAAUUUUUUGAGCAAGCAAAUCACAGUCUUAAAGGGAUAGUUCACCCAAAAAUGAAAAUUCUGUCGUUAAUAACUCACCGUCAUGUUGUUCCAAACCUGUAAGACCUUCGUUUGUCUUCGGAACAAUUUAAAGAAAUUGUUGAAUGAAGUCGUUAUUUUUGUUUCCUUUGCGCACAAAAAGUAUUCUCGUACACUACGGUUGAACUACUUAUUUCACAUGGACUAUUUUAACGAUGUCCUUACUGCCUUUCUGGGCUUUGAACGUGGUAGUCGCGUUGCUGUCUGUGCAGGGGCAGUAAGCUCUCGGAUUUCAUCAAAAAUAUCUUAAUUUGUGUUCUGAAGAUGAACAAAGGUCUUAUGGGUUUGGAACGACAUGAGGGCGAGUAAUAAAUAACUGAAUUUAAAUUUUUAGUUGAACUAUUUCUUUAAAGAGAACUAUUAAGAAUGAAAAGUAAGUGAUAUUCAAUUAAUCUAUAUUAGAUAUUUUACCUACAUACUAUUUUACAAUUUUUACCCCCCACACGUCAUUCCAUUUUGUAAAUUUGUACACAUUGUUGUUAACUGUAUUCUUAACUAUUCCAAUAUACAUAUGUAUAUAUCAAUUUCUUUUUAUAAUUUAUAUGAAAUAUGUUUACCAUUGAACACUUGGCAAUGAAAAAUAAUUAUUUGCAACCCUGUUACCCAUUAUGGUAUAUUUUAUUUGAAUUUAAUCGCAAGAGCACCACAACAAAAAUGACAAAUCAAGUUUUUAACCCAUAUUCAGACAUUUCUCAAAUUCUUAUGAAGUUUUUGGAAACUCUAUAUACAAUAGACAAGUUACUAUCUUUAUGUCUCGCAUCUUCUUCAGUAAUAACAUCUUUGAUAUUUUAAACAUGCUUCUAAGGUUAAUAGAAUAUUAUUUUGUACCCUAUUCUGGGAAAGUGCCAAUGUUUCAGACACAUCAGAUUUUCUCAUCCUCUAAAUGUCGACGUCAUAACUCCAAUGCAUUUAGAACAAUAUUUUGUUUCUCAUGAUCAAAUUUGUAUUUUGUGGGGAAAAAAGGGAUGAUGUAAUAAUAAAAUGUGUGAUCAAUUCUACUGUUAUGGUACAAUAUUGGCACCAAAUGUUUUCAAUAUUUUUGUGCAAAUGUAUUUUCAGAUUGUCUCUCUCUCAAAUGUUUACAAAUACUCUAUGUUCAUUGGCAUACAUGUUGUACUAAUCUGUGGAUGUUGGAAGGGAAGGAAGAUUUCUAUAAAAAACAAAUGUGUAA